AUCGGCUUUCGCUCGCGAAAUUCGACUUCGGUUCAAGAUGGAAGACGGAAAACCUGUCUUGGGAAGCCUCUACGUCUACGCUCCUAACAAAGGAGCGCCUAUCUUUUUCACUGUGGUUUUUGCUAUCUCAGCAGUCGGCCAUAUCUACCAAUGCCAUCGCUACAAAGCCUGGAAACUUAUCGGACUGCACUCGUUCUGUGCAUUGUGUUUUACAGCCGGCUACGCUUUGCGGGACUACGGAGCCUUCGACCACUACUAUUACAGCAAUAAUAACCUGACUAUCUUCAUUCUUAGUCAAGUUCUAAUCUACAUUUGCCCUCCGCUUCUCGAACUCGCCAACUACCAUGUCCUCGGUAGAAUAUUCUACUACGUACCAUAUCUUGCGCCUCUUCCGGCCAACAGAGUUCUGUCCACCUUCGGUGCUCUGAUGGCGCUUGUCGAAGCCUUGAACGCUCUGGGGGUAGCCUUCUCCUCCAACCCCUCGUCAUCGAAGAGUACGCAAGACUUGGGGAGCCACUUGACAAUAGCCGCGCUCGCGAUUCAACUCGCCGUUAUAGUCACCUUUGUCCUUCUCGCGGGACUCUUCCAUAGGCGAUGCAACAAAUCCAACAUACACACCAAGGUAGUCAAGAUCCCCUUGAUCACGCUGUAUGUAAGCAUGAUUUUGAUCUUGAUUCGCUGCAUCUACCGCCUGGUGGAACACGUGGGAAACACAACGAUAGCAAUCGAUGACCUAGAGACACUCGAGAGCUUAAGUCCCAUUUUGCGGUAUGAAUGGUACUUCUAUUUCUUUGAGGCAACACUCAUGUUCAUCAACUCUGCGAUUUGGAACCUGUUUCAUCCAGGCCGCUACCUGCCCAGAAAUUACCAUGUUUAUUUGGCGCAGGAUGGCAGAGAAGUCGAAGGAGAAGAAAAGUCAGAUGACCGGCCGUUCUUAGCCAAGGCUGGAUCAGUGUUGACCUUUGGUCUCCUUUGGCGCAAGAAGAGAGGCAGCCCUCCCUUUCACGAGCUGAAUGAGCGUCCUGCCGCUAGCCGUCAAAAUUAAUGUAUUGAGGACUGCUUGGGCCAUAUUCCAGUGGCAAGUACGUAUUCAUAAAAACAGUCAAAAGACAAAGUUGGUUCAUUACUGCGCUCAACAUGCAGAGGUAGUGGCGAAGCAAAGAAAGAAUGCCUGUUAGUUUUGAGCGACCAUCUUUGAGAUAAACAAUCAGCUGCC